GGAGCUGUGCGGUGCCCGGGCUCCUCUCUGCGGGCAUGGAGCCGGGCAGCUCCCCGCUGCUGCCCCAGGGGCUGGGCACCCUUCCACCCCCGGCUCCGGCGCUGCCCGUGCCCCCCGCCUUCCUCCGCCCGCCCAGCCUCUUCUUGCGGGCAGCGGCCGCCGCUGCUGCAGCCGCCGCCGCCGCCGCCACGGGCGGCUCCAGCCCCUGCUGCCCGGCGGCGGGGGGCCCGGAGCGCGGCGCCUGCUCGCCGCGGACCCCGAAGUGCGCCCGCUGCCGCAACCACGGCGUGGUGUCCGCGCUCAAGGGCCACAAACGCUUCUGCCGCUGGCGGGACUGUGCCUGCGCCAAAUGCGCGCUGAUCGCCGAGCGCCAGCGGGUCAUGGCCGCGCAGGUGGCGCUGCGCCGGCAGCAGGCGCAGGAGGAGAGCGAGGCCCGGGGGCUCCAGCACCUCCUCCAGCAGCGCCCGCCCGCCGCCCGUGGGGAGGCGGCGCUGAGCCUGGCGGCCACGGGCCGCGGAGCUGCCGGGCGGGCGCCGGCGCGCGGGGGCGCGAGCGCGGAGCUCCAGCCGGGGAGAAGAGGUGUGCGAGCGGAGCCGGGCGGGGCGGGGAGUGCGUGGGGCAGGGAACGGACCCGCAGCCGCGCCGAAAUCCUGGCCCCUCUGCGGCAGAUACUGACUUCAGUGUGGCCACGAUUUCCCCUCUCCGGUGCGAGCUGUGUGCGCCCUGGAGAGGCUGAUCACGGGCCGUGCGGACAGGCGGAGGCGUCUGUCGAUACGGGGAACUAUCCUGAUGCUAUGCACGCGCUAGGGGCCAGAGACCCUAAAGAGCUCUGCUCCUCUGUAGGCUCCCAAACCAGAACCUUAUUAUCCGUGCUCAGCACCCAGCGGAUGCUUACUGCCAGGGUUUCAAAAGAGCCUCAUGCACUGAGCUCUUCUAAAAAUCUAGCCAAGGUUGCAUGUUGUACCAUUAAACUUUUUUUUUUUUUUUUUUAUUUCCCAGAAGGGCAGGUACAGGAGUAUGACUCAUACUUCAGGGUGUUGGAAGGUCCUGUAAUCCUAUCACAUCCUCCUCCCCUGAUAUCUUCGCCUGAGUCAGCAGAAGCUAGAGGAAGCUAUAGAGUGAAGUCGUCUGGCCUGGAAAUCUCAGAAAAGGAAGAGACUGUUCAGUGUCCUAAUCUGGAGCAGCAGUUGGAAGGUGUCGAAAGUUCAGGGUCCCUUUCUUCUUCAGACAUGGAAUCAGGAAAUGAAAGUGAAUGGUCCAAGGAUUUUGCUGCCCCCAGUUCCAGUCCGCCUGCUGCUGCUUCAAGACAAAGAGACCCACUUGGCAUUCUCACCAAAGUCUUUCCUAGUCAUAAACGAAGCAAGCUGGAGAGUAUCCUGCAGUUCUGCAAAGGAGAUGUGGUCCAAGCCAUAGAACAGAUCUUGAAUAGGAAAGAGAAUAAACAAAAUGUCAAAGACUUUGCAAACCCAUCUAGAUCUGAAUUUAGUGCCUUACAGAGAGCCUCUAAUUUUAGCCUCACAGGAUUAGGUGUUGGAGCAUUUGGCAAUACAUCAGCUUUCUCCCCUCUUCAAACCAGUUCUACAUCAUUUGGAAAUGCAACAAAUCUUUAUGGCCUAAAUCCUAGACUGGGGAUUAGCCCUCUAAAACUGGCUUAUUCCACCCCUGGAAGAGGGCUGCCUGGAUUUAUGUCACCCUACUUAACACAUGGACUGGUUCCAGCUUUGUCUUUUCACCCAGCAAUGGACUGCGCCUUUUCAGGAGUGAUCAAGGAUGCUUCUUACUUUCAGAGUAAAGAGUCAGUCACUAGCAGUGGAAUUUACUCAAGGCUAAAUCAAGAAAACCAGUAGUGCCUUUAGCAUACUCUCUUUCGCAAUGCACUUCCAAAAUAUGCAGCUGUGAUGACAUCUGGACUAGUAUGUCAAACCUCAAAGGAUGCUUUAAUCCCACACUCCACAGAAUAUUGUAUUAGAGGUGGCAGAACAGUUCCUUUUUAAAAGAACACGAGGCUUUGUACACCUUUUGAAUGUUUUUUUUAAUUAUAAUGUAGACUGGCUUGCAAAACUGAAAUUUUUAAGCAAAAAUACAUAAUUUAAAAUAUUUUCAUUUUUCCAUCCAGAAUAUCUGCUGUGAAGAGCUGGUUUAAAAAUUAGCACUGAUUUUAAAACUGAGUUUUUUAUUAUACAUAUAUUUUGUUUGUAUACUGUCUUCAAAUUGUUUUGUAAAUGAAACAAUAACUAGGAUAUAUUUGUCUGUGAACAGAAAUAGUUGGAUUAUAAGGAACGUCCAUUAUAACUUUCCUCUCCCUUUUAAAAAAUGUUUCACCAACUUUGUGUACUUAGUCUCCAAAGUCAAUGAUGCAAACAAAAAUAAGACCGACUUUCAAAAAUGAGUCCUUAAUGUUAAGUUGAUAAAUCCAUAGCUAGGCACUGAAAUAAGCAGCCUGAUUUUCAAAAGAUCUUACUGAAGUAAAUAGGGGCUGCUGGGUGCUCAACACUUUUGAAAAUCAGGCUCUUCAUUUAGGUGUCAAAGGCCCUGAUCUUGCAAAAAUGUAUGCACAAGCUUAAUUUUGCGUACCGAGAAUAGCCCCAUUUAAAUUACAGUGCUUGAUUCUAAACUGAUAAAUCAGCAUAGCUCAGCUGAAGUCAAUAGAACUCUGCUGAUUUAAGUCAGCUGAGGAUCUGACCCAUAAAGUUAAGGACAUGUGAACAUUUUUGGAGGAUCAAAGCCUAAAUGUGGAUGUAGGAGCCUGAUUUUAGGCACCCAUUUUUAAUAGCGUUGGUCCAAAUGAAAAAACUGUACUUCAGCGUAGGGAUUUGAAUUUCUGAAGAUCAGUCCUUUGAAUUA